CUCGCGUAAACGUAGUAUAUUACUUGUUGCCAACAAAUCAUAGCAUUCGAAUUUUUUAAGUUGUAAUUAACGAAUUUUUGGUUUGCCUGACAUUGUGCAAGGGCCUUAAUUUUCGCGACUGCGCGGAAUUACCUGGUCUUGCGUGACUUGCGUCGUGCGUGACUUCGCGCUCGUCGUGAAUGGCCUACGCUACGCCGGACUUUGCUCCUGCGUAGCGGUUUAAUGGGAAUCUAUUCAUCUCACGGCGCAAAAAUCCAGAUAACUUGCGCGAUAUUUUUCGUUUGCCGCAUUCCGCAGGGCGGAAACAUGCAUCCCGACUAACCGAUUUUUUCGUAUGCAGUGAUAUUUUAGGUGGUUUUAUAAUUUUGAGACACACGUAUCCUUUCCUUAUAUUAAUGGAGACAUGAGGACAAUGCCAUACGAGUUUAUUGCGCAAGGGGAUCAGUUUUAUAGCCUUAACGAUAUAUUAAAGAGAUGAUAAUACUUUUCACAUUAUAGCAGAAAAAAUGAUUAGUGAAGGAAAUACCGUAUCGACAUCUUUGUCGUUAAGCACAAAUCAAUAUGCAGAGACGGAGAGUGAGCCAACUGAUAACUUGUAUCUUGCGCUGAUACAAUGCUUCGGUAUUAUACUAUGCGGAUAUGUAGCAGGAAGAUUCGGUGUGAUAACGAAGACAGAGGCAAAUGGCAUGAAUACUUUUGUCGGCACUUUUGCUUUGCCGUCUUUAAUUUUUAUGUCCCUGGCGAAACUCGACUUUACGCUGGUUAAUUGGAAAUUUCUCCUCGCCGUAUUGCUCGCCAAGAGCUGCGUCUUCAUCGCUGUGCUUGCGGUUUCGUUGGUAAUCAAGAAGCCAUCAAAUCCUGGACGCUCUGCGCUCUUUGCAAUAUUUACCACUCAGAGCAAUGACUUCGCUAUUGGAUAUCCGAUGAUUUACGCUCUUUAUGGAAAAACGCACCCGGAGUACGCCGCUUAUCUGUAUUUGAUGGCUCCCAUAUCACUGGCAAUUUUAAACCCAAUUGGUUUUAUAUUACUGGAGAUAAAUAAACGACGUGUGGAGGAGCACACAAGUUGUAGAGACAUGGUUUAUUCCAUCGUGAAGGGCGUCGUGCUAAAUCCCGUGCUUUUCAUGACGGUCUUGGGCAUUAUAGGAAAUCUUAUCUUCAAACACAAUGUACCACAUUUGCUCGCCGCGAUACUCGAGGUGCUAGGCAAUGCUUUCUCUGCUAGCGCAUUGUUCCUCCUCGGCUUAAUGAUGGUAGGGAAGAUACACAAAUUAAAAGGUACAGCGCUGGUUAUCCCGGGUAUACUGAUCUCGGUGAAGCUGCUAGUCUUGCCUCUAGUCAUAAGAGAGUCUAUAAUUCUUUUGAACGCCGGCGAUAAUGUAACAGAGACGAGAGAUUUGAGUACCUACGGCUUUCUGUAUGGUACAAUCCCGACGGCACCGGCUCUAUUUAUUUUCACUUUACGAUACAAUCUCGAGAUCGACUUAAUUGCAUCAGCUAUGGUAGCUUGUACGUUUCUCUCUGCACCGCUUAUGUUUGUAUCGGCUAAAGUAAUCAAUGCCGUUUCCGCUGGAAUGACACCAGUUAGUUAUGCGCGGCAGCUUAACACUUUUUCCUUCGAUAUAAGCGUUGUGUCAGCAACAGCUUGUAUAUGGUUGUUGAUAUGUUUCCUUGGAUUUGGACGUAAAAGGUACAACCAAGUCACUCACCGAUGCACUCUCUGCCUCGUGAUUGCACAGUUCGCAAUAGCAAUAGGUGUGAUAAUGUGGUCAAAACUUGAUUCAAAUAACAAUCAGACAAUAUUAUGGUAUAUUCAGUUUAUUCUAAUAACUACUGGUGUAUAUGCCAGCAGAAUAUUUACAGCCGCAAUUGCAGCAACAUUACUAUUUCUGAGUUCGCGCUCAUUAUCUUUCGUUGAAAAUCUGAUUAAAUGGUUUUAUCCUCUUGGAUGGGGGGUGCCACUUCUAAUGGUGACAUUAACAUGCAUCACUGUUAGAUUAAAUCCGUCUGAUCUUGAUUUUAAAAAUCCGAAUUUUCAAUUAGGCAGGACUCAAGCUGCUGUGUCUUCAUUCGUAUUAAUAUUCUGCUUUAUAGUGACACUAGGUUGUUUGGUCUUACAACAGAGAUAUGAAAGAAGGCACAAUGCGAUGUCAUAUGAACAUCUGAGUAACAAUGCAGUACAGUCUACAAUCGAAAGUAAUGAAAGAACCGUAGUAGAUGUGGAAGACUUAGUUUCUCCAUUAAUUGAUGCAACACCCAGGUUUGGCUGUGAAUUUCAAAAUGGUUGUCCGAAUGGAGCAUGCAGAGCUGGUGAAGAUAGAAGUAACUGUGAGGAGGAAAAUGGAACAAACGAAAAUAACGAUCCUCAGAUUUUGCGACAUCUGGUUCUUCUUAUUUUGCUGUUAUGCUCCAUGUUUAUUGGCUUAUCUAUAUCCGUGGGAACAUUAAUAAUGGAACAGCUAACUGGCAUUUAUGCCGAGCUUGCCUUCUUAGAUGUGACUUUGAAUUUCGGACAAUCAUUAAUAGCGUUUGCUAUUUUUGGAUUAGAUCCUAGUUUGGGUAAAUUAGGAUGUUGGCUGCGGAAAAUAUGCAGAAAAUGGCAAUGUGGAAGAGAAUUGGAACUUCCUUGUGAGGAAGCUCUCAGUCCAGAAGUAAAAGAUAUUCGAGAACAAUUUAGUCGAUGUCACUUAGACGCGUGUCGAGCACGCAUAUCCAUGUGUCGUAGGCGAUUAUUGAGGGUAUACAGAGGAGUCUUUUCAGGAACAGAUUUGGUCAACUGGUUGCUCGAAGUUGGCAUUGUCAAUAACCGAGAGGAUGCCGUGCAAUAUGGUCGCUGCUUGUUAGAGAGCAGAGUUCUGCAACAUGUCGAUGGUACACACCACUUCUACGACCAAAAUCUCCUUUACACGUUUAAUGCAUAAUUUUAUGCAAUUUCCGAACGUUUGGUAAAAUUUUUCCGACAAGACAAGAUAGUUCCAUUUGUAUUACAUUUCAGACAACAGAUAUUCGAAUGAGGAACAAAAAUAAUUUUAUUAUAAUGAUAAUUGACAGCAUAUAGUCAAACUUCGAUGUUUCUUAUUUAUUUGGUCUGAGCAAUCUCUUCAUUCCUAGUCUUUUCAAUUUUCACAUAUUUUAGUGAUAUGCACAAAAUGGAAAUAUACACAAUCAUAUCAGUCAUGUGUAUCUAUAAUUUCUUUUUCUUCUUUUCGGAUUUCCUUGAUGGAACAAAUUGCCUAAUUUUUGUUUACGAAGCGUUCAUAAUUUCACUAGUCUCUUUCAUUUCAUUUGUACAUAAAACAGUAAGUAUAAAGUAACAAGAGGAAAAAGAAGUUAAAUUUAUAGAGGCUGAAUUGAUCGAGAGUAGAUGCGCUAUGAAUACAAAGGUUUGAUUAUAUAUACGUUCAAAAUAACUUAUAAAAGUAAAUACGUAACAAAUUAGUUGAACAAUUUUGUAUAGUUUUAUAUUAGUUAUGUUUAAGUGGUGCAGUUUAUAGAAAAUAUUCUUCGGAUUAUAUAAAUAAUAUUUCUCCACUUCUCGUGGAAAAAUAUCAUUUAUCGAUGAAAAUGACAUCUUUUUGAACAUUUACAGUAAUAAAAUGCGAUGUAAUUUACGUUGCACAGUGUAGACAUAUUCCUAUUAUUAUUAUUAUUAUUGGAGAACAGCAACAGUAUUAGGUACAAUUUAACUAGUUUAUUGUGACUAUAAAAUGAGUAAAGGCUGUGUUUAGUAUAUGGCAUAUUGCACUCUCAACACAUAGUUUAACAAUUGAAUUGUUCUAAUACUAAAGGAAGCUAUUUUUAUAUAAAGAUCUUGAUUAUUUAUUACGAUACAUUUAAUUAAGAAUGUGAUAUAAGUGUCAGGGAAAUGAUGAUUGAACAACAAAGAAGUCGAAGAAGAUUAAUAUGGAAAAUAUUUAAAUCGUCUUGGCAAUGUUAAUUAUAUUGAACAGGUUAUUAAGGAUUACGGAGUAAUGAAACGUCUCGAAAAACUUAAAAAUUUAUUGUAAAUUUCUAUUCAUAUGAUUUUAUUCUGUAUAUUGUGAAUGUUUAUCGUUUUAUUUAUUAAAAUAAAUCUGUGUUAUAAGUGCUGUGUAAGUUGAUGUGUGUGAGUAAUAAAUACACGACAAUUAUA